AUGAACUUCCUCGCACCUUCCCUUCCCCAAUCUCCACCCUCAGUCUUCUCCACAUGUAGUCAUCCACAAUAUAACCCCAUCAUCAAGAUAUCCAACAGACCUGUUGACGAAGCAAUGGGAUCCACUGACCCAGAGCUUAGCCCCCCAUGGCCAAGUCCUCGGAACACUAUCAUCAACCUACCAUUCGAGCUAACUUACUUCAUGAUUCUCACCAUGAUAUUCCUCAACCUGCCCGCGGAGACUCUGAUCAGAAUCGAGAGCACCUGUCAUGCCUUCGUGGAGGCUGCGGCCUACGUCCUCCGUACCAGAAUGCCCCAUGCCUUCAACAUCCCCGAGCUGAAUUUACUCUUCAAGUUCGGAGCCCCGGAUACUUACCUAGAAAGUGUCAAAUGCGAAUACUUGGGCAUCUCGGGACUCAAUGACCCGCUGCAAAGCCAACAAGUGCUGGCAGAUGCGUUUGCCGUUUUCCAUCCCACACCGUACUCACCUGCGGAGAUGCCUGUCGGAGGAUCAGCAGACGAAUCACUGGGACUAGAGGUAGCCUUUGAAAACUCGGAAAAAUUCGUCCAAUUUAUGGGCAAUCUAUCACUGGUAUUGACCCUGGCAACUGCAUUCAUCGCGGAUGGUACAAAGAUCGGUGGAAAAAUGGUGAUUCGGCUCCAGCGGGACUGGCUGGAGAAAGAGAGUUCCAAGCUUAUCUCUCUUGACCCCGAAGACACAAUCAGGAUUCUGAUUGAAGCACGGAAAACCGACGCCAGUGCUGAAGCAGCUUUUGCGAUUCGCAUUUCUGAACUGCAUGUCUGUGCCACCCGUCUACUCAUGGCUAUAGAAAAGGCAAAGGAUACGAGUAACCGAAUUACUGAGCACAUCAGACUUCCAGUUGCGGUCCUUGGAGGAAAUAAUUAAUUCGG